UUCAUAAAAAUAAUAUACUAUAAAAAAGCAACAUUUUUAACAAUAAAUUUAUUUCUUGUCAUUUUUCAAUUUUCUUAAAUUUAUAAAAUUUCAUUACAUCUUUUCAUUUUAAGAAAUAACUAUGGAUUAUAAAAUUUAUUUUUUAUUUGUUAUUUUUACUAUACCAGCAUUAUGUGUCCAAAGCAAUGUAAGGAUUUUAGAUACCGAAGAGUCUACGGUUGAAAAUAACAUUCAAAUAAUAAAGGAAUUAGUACAAAGACGAAAUGAAGAAGCCAGUAAAGAAAACAAUAAAGUAGUGCAUUUGAUAAAAGAUAGUAAAAUUAUAAAAAUGGUCAAAUAUAUUGAAAUUUUAUUUAAAAAAAUUGAUCUUUAUCAAAAAAGCAAGAUAACAUUACAAAUGACAUUAAAUUAUUUGGAAUCAGCUGGCCUCCAAAAAAAUCUCGUAGAAAAAUAUUUUGAACCUAACAAAUAUCAAGGUAACGACUUAUUUGAUCUCACCAAAUUUACAUACAUUAUGGUGAAUGGAUAUUUAACUCACGUCUAUGAAAUAAGAAAAGCAUUCCAAAAAUACGAUGAAAACUUGUCCGGAUUUAUCAGCGUUGUAAAUAUGAAUAUUGUUUUAAAAGAGAUUGGUUUACCCGAUUCCGAAACUUUAACUAUAAAUGAAGUACUAAAAGAUAAAAAAAAUGUGGAGUAUGAUGAUAUUAUAAACUAUAUAACAACAUAGUCACGGAAAAUAUUAAUUUUAUGAGCAGCUAAAAAAAUUCUAUACGUAUUUUUAAAAUUAUAUAACUUUAAUUAUAAUUAAGUAUUUAAAAAAAUAAAUAAACUGUAUAUGGGUAAAUAUAAUACCGAAAAUAUAUAGAUUAUUUUAAAAUAAAAUGAAUUUAUUUUAAUAAAUUUCCUGUAUCUAUUAUCUCAA